AUUUUCUUGUCCCCGAUGGCAGCCGUGGCCGUAGCAGCGUUGGCGGGCGACUGGGACGCAGUGUCAACGGCGAUGCCCACCGAUCUCGACUACAACGCGGCGAUCGAGCCCAAGACGGGCUACACGCUGCUGCACCAAGCAUGCUUGCACAACCAACGCGAUAUCGUCCAGGCGCUUCUGCGCCAGCCGCAGAUUGACGUCAACGCGACCGACUACUGUGGUCAGUCGGCGCUGCACAUUGCUUGCCACUAUGAGCUCUUGGACAUUGUCGAUGACCUCUUGGCGGCGCCAUCUCUAUCGAUCAACCUCCAAGACAAGGACGGAUACACGGCGCUGCAUGUGUGCAUGUACCAUAGCCAGCCGACAUGCGCAGCGCGCCUGCUUGCUGCAGGCGCCAACCCGCAUGUAUGCAGCGCGGACGGUGAGACACCAAGCGCGGUUGCGAGUGCAAUAGGAAAGGACGACAUGAUGGUGUCCGCGGUCUAAGCCCCGUGACGCGUUUGUAGCAUAGCCGUCACUAGCAUCUUCUGUGGAUUUUACACUUCAU